UAAGCUCCCUAAGCCAUAUCUUUUCCUUUUCUCCUUCUUUCAUCGCGCAAGUUUGCGCGACUCGAGAGUCCCAAGACGAAACUGCUCUCCUCUAGCCUCGCCCGUACUUUUGCAGCCCGCAUUGUGCGAGCCUGAGAUGCCAAUUCGCAGUUUUCUUGGCUAGAUGCUCUUUCGCGACCGGAAUCCCGACUAAUGAAUCGUAUUGUAGCGACGCAUAAUUCCCCGCGAACAUGGUUCCUAACUUCGUCCCUGACUCCUUUGGCCGUCCGAUUGAUAAGGCAAUUGCUCACCCACGGUGACUAUGUUGUCGCUUGCCUCCCUCCUCACGAAAUCGAGCACGAUGAUCGAAGCGCUGAGUUCCGUGAGCUGGUCAACGAAUGCAAGAGCAAUCGCAAGGAUCGGGAAGGUUGGAAAGAUCGCAUUCGGAGCAUACGUUGCGAUGGUCGAGUUAUGGGCCAAUGCAGUGCCGCGGUGGCGGAGGCCAAGCAUGUGUUUGGACGCAUAGAUAUUCUACUGUGUUGCACAUCUGAAGCCAUUGUUGGAACUGUGGAAGAGCUAUCCACCACCCCGGCGACGCAGAAUUUAGUUCGCGACCAAUUCGAGACCAUCUUCUUCUCUCAGGUGAACUUCAUAAAAGCUUCGCUUCCAACAUUUCGCACGCAGCAUACCGGUCAUAUUAUGAUCCUCACGAGUCUCGGCGGACAUAUAGGCACGCCCGGAAUGCCUAUAUAUACAGCGGCGACAUGGGCGCUUGAAGGAUUUUGCGAUUCGCUGGCUUAUGAAGUUGCGCCCUUCAAUAUCAAGGUGACGAUAGUGCAACCGCACAAGGAGAUACAAUCUUUGACCAACAAGAUCGUGUUCUCCCCUUCGUUGCCAUAUUAUGACAGCGAAAAUAACCCAGCGCCUAGCGUCAGGGAUAUGCUCACGAAUGUGCUGAAUCUAAAUCCCGAGACUGCUCUCGAGCCGUCAGAAACGGAUAUUAUUCAAAGGUACCCCAGACUCCCCCCUUCCUCAAUAGACCGUCUCGUGGGUGAGACAGUGUAUGCUCUUACUGCUAUUGGUGGGCACGAGAAUCCGCCGGCGCGCCACAUAGUGGGAUUUGAGGGAGCCGAGGCCGUGAAGGAGAAGUUAAAAACGGUGACGGAAGAGCUGGAAGACUUUGUCGAAGCAAGUGUUGCAGUUGAUAUUUUCGACACCGAGCUGAAGAACGAAGCGACGCAAGGUAAAGCUAAGGCGGAAGGGAAACCCGAAGGAACCGGAGCUCCGUCAAGUACCACGCCGACAUAGUAAAUAGUGAAGUUGGUAGGAGAUAUGGGGCUUAUACAUUGUACAAAUAAACGUCAAUAUGAAGGUGAGAAUAUAUUCUGCCGAGUAGAAUUGCUCUCACGAACUUGAACUGAUGCUGUUUAUGUACAUGCGAUCCUGGAAGCUAAAAUUGCGUAGAUUCCACAGCUCAUCACUUAUGAGCAUGGUGGCCUGACAUUCCGAAAUUAGGUGAGCAAGAUCUGAACUUGCUGAAGUAUUUAUUUAGAGAAGUUGAAACAUUUGGGUUUCCAUGUGCAUUAACUUCUUUUUAUACUUUAGAGACGUCUACUUAUACAUGCAAU